AUGGAGGAUGUUCGGAGCCGGGAGGAUCUUGGGAGUGAUCCUGAUGAGGCAGUCAUUCCUGCCGAGUUAGACCAUUUUAUGCACCAUCCAACUCUGGAGGGACAGUCUGCACGAUACAAGAUCAGUUCCGUUGCCACUAUUCUCCACAUGGCAUACUCCGAGACGUGUACUUUACAAGUUGAAUGGAACGAUCAGCUUCUGGAGGCAUUCCAAAAGACCACGGCCCAGUUCAAUGACAGCAAUCUUCUUGCCUUAUGGAAUCAACAGCUGAGCCGAAUCAGAUACGCAAUUGAUUGUGGUUUCCUCACAGAGAUCCCAGGUGACUUGCACGAGGUGCUAGUGAUGAUGAUGAAUGGACAGCAAGUUAUCACAGAAGGACAAUUACCCCACAAUGAAGAUGCAGAUGAAGAAGACGAAUCCGAGCAACAAUACCUUGAAGAUAUUGAAAACAUCCUUGCCAAAACCAUGCUUGCAGAUCUUGAGCAGGAAGCCACUGCCGUUAAUCAGUCCAAUAUUCUUAACGAAGCCAAUUUUGAAUACCAAGCUGAUGUGUAA